AUGGCUCUGGUAAUGGAACCUAUAAGCAAAUGGAAUCCCAAGCAAGUGCUGGACUGGAUGAAAGGCUUGGACGACUGCCUGCAGCAGUACAUUAAGAACUUUGAGAGGGAGAAGAUAACAGGCGAGCAGCUCCUUCACAUCACCCACCAGGAGCUGGAGGAGCUUGGCGUCACCCGCAUCGGCCACCAAGAGCUCAUACUGGAGGCCGUGGAUCUGCUGUGUGCACUAAACUAUGGUCUGGAAACAGAGAACCUGCGGACCCUUUCACAUAAGCUCAACGCCUCAGCAAAAAACCUGCAGAACUUCAUCAUGGGCCGACGCAGGGGUGGGCAUUAUGAUGGACGGGCUUCUCGACGCCUGCCCAAUGACUUUCUCACCUCAGUGGUAGACCUCAUAGGAGCUGCCAAAAACCUACUAGCCUGGCUUGACAGGUCACCCUUUGUCAGUGUUACAGAGUAUUCGCUACUGAAAAACAACAUUGUUCAACUGUGCCUGGAGUUAACCACAAUAGUACAACAGGACUGCACCGUGUAUGAAACCGAAAACAAGAUUCUUCAUGUGUGCAAAACAUUGUCUGGAAUAUGUGACCACAUCAUCUCACUGUCCUCUGACUCGCUAGUGUCCCAGUCAGCUCACUUGGAGGUGGUGCACCUGACCAACAUUAUGCCCAGCGAAGGCCUGGGCAUGUACAUCAAGUCGACAUACGACGGGCUUCACGUGAUCACAGGCACCACGGAAAACUCCCCUGCUGACCAGUGCAAAAAGAUCCACGCUGGCGACGAGGUCAUCCAGGUCAAUCACCAGACUGUGGUGGGCUGGCAGCUGAAGAACUUGGUUAAUGCAUUACGUGAGGAUCCCAACGGUGUCAUUCUCACCCUGAAGAAAAGGCCACAAAACACCUUGACCUCUACCCCUGCUCUGCUCAAGAACGUGCGUUGGAAGCCUCUCGCCCUCCAGCCCAUCCCUACCAGUCCUAACGGCGACUCUACCACUCCAACUAGCACCAUGGGCAUGUCUUCCAAGAUAGAUGGAUCUAAUAUGCAGGAUGUGUUCAUCCUGUCUCCAGUCUCGGGUCUCUAUGGUACCAGAGAUGAGCUGGGCAUCAUGUCCUGUGAUGACAUCAGCAAGUAUAGCAUGAGCAAGUCCAGUUCCAAGUGCUCAGAAUCACUCAGCUACUAUCUUGACCAAGAGAGUGGCAAGUAUUACUCUCUAAUGGAGGGUGAGGGCAUCCCAAUUGGACCAGAGUAUGACAGAGGCCGGUCCACAGGGGUACGUAGGAGAGACAAGACCCCAACUCAUGGUGAUCUCAGGCCCGUCUCCAUGCCCCCGGAGUACAACUGGAUGGCUGAAAGCAAGGAGCCCAAUAUGUACAAGAGGGGCAGCCGAGACACGUCCCUUCUUCGCUACAUGAGUGAUGACAAGAUCCUGGUCAUCCAGGAGGAACCGGAUGGACCAAGGGAAUGCAAGCGGGACACCAGUCGCCGUUCCCGCAAGAAAGGCAAGAAUCCAAGCAGUCCCAGCUUUCCCAUCAGCCCCUCUCUUCUGGCUUCCACUGUGCGACUGGAUGGGGCAGCGCCGCCUGACAGCCUACCCUUCCCACUGCCCGAAAACAACACUGUGCCACUUUACCACUCAUUCCACUAUACUUCAUUAAGGACAAAAACCAAAAAGAGAACUAAAGGUUCCCUGACCAGCGGCAGCCGCAGGAAAAUCUCUUGUAAGGAUCUAGGCCAUGGUGACUGUGAAGGCUGGUUAUGGAAGAAGAAAGAUGCCAAAGGGUACUUCACUCAAAAGUGGAAGAAAUACUGGUUCAUUUUGAAGGACUCUUCUCUCUACUGGUACACCAACCAAAAUGACGAGAAGGCUGAAGGCUUCAUCAGCUUGCCCGAGUUCCGAAUCGACAGAGCAAUCGAAUGCAGGCGGAAAUUUGCCUUCAAAGCCUGUCACCCAAAAAUCAAGAGUUUCUUCUUUGCCACAGACUGUUUGGAGGAAAUGAACAGAUGGAUGAAUAGGCUGGGGCUGGCAGCUAUUGGUUACACACCUGAUGACAAAGUGCCACGGCCGGAUGAGGAUUACUGGAGUGAAAGUGAUCAGGAUGAUAUAGAUGGCUCCAUGACUCUAAAGCAGGAAGUACCUUCUUCACUAUGUGACACCUACCAUCGGACACCCUCGGUCAACUCAUCUAGCCCCUUCCCUGAGCCCAAGCACGGACGCCACUUCUCCAGCGAGUCCACCUACUCCCACUCCUCAGCUGAGGACUCCCGGGGCGGGGACGGCGGAGGUGGGGGCUCCAGCAGCACUCAUUCGUCAGGCUGCCGCUCCAGCCACCGAGAGCGCCGCUCCUGGCAGGACCUGAUCGAGACGCCAUUGACCAGCUCUGGCCUGCACUUCCUGCAGACUGUACCACCAGAGGGUGAGCAUGGCUAUGAUGGCGGGCCUGGAGCUGGAGGGCGCAUGCCCCUGUCCCCUGAGCACAGGCGACAGGCCACUCUGCCCGUGCGGAGGCAUCACGUGGACCGUGAUGGGCCUUUUCCACUGGUGGGCAGUGAGGACAGGGGACACCAGCUGCAUCGCAGGGCCCACAAGCAGCGUAGUCAGAGCCUGCCACGCAACCGAGAGGUGAGGGCCAGGAGCUUGCUGCAGGGUCACGGAGAGGAGAAGAGUGAAGACGAGGAGGUGCUGCCUGCUAGGUGUGGUGAUGACAGUGAAGAAGCAAGCAAGAGGUAUGAUGGAAAGGAUGUGGAUGGACUGGAGGAGCUCUAUCGUGCUCUAGAGCAGGCCAACCUCUCUGCCAUCGGUGACCUCCGACCCACCACCAAGCAGGAGUUCCGUCGUUCCUUCCUCAAGCGCUGCAAUGACCCCAUCAUUAAUGACAAACUGCACCAUGUCCGAAUCCUCAACAGCACACUAAAGGCAAAGGAGGACGAGCUGGCCAUUAUCAAUCAGCUGCUGGAGGACCCUGGCCUCACCUCGAAGAAGUUUCGUGAGUGGAAACAGUGGCACCACGAGCUUUUCCUGGACAUUUGCGAGUUUAGCUCAGGCAACAACGGGGCAGCUGAUCUUUCCCCGCUAGCAGGUCCUCUCAUGACGCACACACACUCCUUCAUCGAGACCCACGUCUGAGACCAGGUCCAAAUGGUGUUUGGAUGCACUCCACUGCUGCCUCAGUUUUUCUCCAUCCCUCUUCGAUUCUUCCUUUCUUCCCACGAUGCCGAACCAACUGACCAACCAACCACUGUAACGUGUGUAAAUACGGCCGAGAGGGCAAGCAGACUCCAUGUAAAUACUCUGAUGAGCGACAGCAGCCCUUGCAGGGUGCCUACUGCAUGUCUGAAGAGAAAGCAUUCUUCCUUCUGUCGAAUGACCUAAGCUAGAAAGUUCUGAAGAAAGUUCUUUUUACUACUUUACAAAUUUUGAUUACUUUUGAUUAGAUUAGCCUUUCUUUUGCUAUCUCUGGUUGGGUUGCAG